UGCGGAAGGCUGACGUGUGUUUGGCAUGAGUGUGGCCUGACAGAACAGCUGCUGUUUCAGUGUGUGAUUAUUUGACACGUUUAAAACAUACAUUUUAAAUUAAAUAAACUAGGAAUUCGAGUGUACACGUGAAGUCAUGGCAGCCGACUGGGAGGAAAUCAGGCGUCUUGCUGCGGAUUUUCAGAGAGCUCAGUUUGCAGACACUGUGCAAAGGUUGUCUGAGAGGAACUGCAUUGAGAUAGUGGCCAAGCUGGUGGAGGAUAAGAAGCUAGAUGUGGUUCACACUCUAGAUGGGAAGGAGUAUGUGACCCCUGCACAGAUCAGCCGAGAAAUGCGUGAUGAGCUCUUCAUGCAUGGAGGGAGGAUUAAUGUUGUUGAUCUUCAAAAGAUCAUCAAUGUCGAUUUGGUCCACGUGGAGAGCAGAGCAAGUGAAAUCGCCAAAUCAGACAAAGGCACACAGCUGAUACUGGGUCAACUGAUCGACAAAACGUUCUUGGAUCGCCUUGCUGAGGAGGUGAAUGAUAAACUACAGGAGGCUGGACAGGUGAACAUCGCAGAGCUUUGCAAAAUGUACGAUCUACCUGGAGAUUUUCUUACUGAGGAGCUGAAUAAGAGGCUAGACAGAGUGAUCCAAGGACAGAUUGAUCAGUACAACAGAGGAGUGAUCUUUACUCAAGCUUUCCUCUCCAGACACAAAGCUCGCAUAUGUGGCCUGUUUAGUGCCAUCACAAGGCCUACGCAGGUCAGCAACUUGUUAAAUCUGUAUGGUUUUCAGGAGAAUCUGUUGUACUCGGUGCUUGAGGAACUGGUGAACAGCGGUCGUUUGAAGGGCUCAGUGGUUGGAGGCAGGCAGGAUAAAGCCAUUUACAUUCCUGAAAUCUACUCCAAAACCCAGAACACUUGGGUUGAGUCCUUCCUCAAACAGAAUGGAUAUUUAGAGUUUGAGGCGCUGACCCGUUUGGGGAUACCUGAUCCAGUCAGUUACAUAAAGAAGCGCUUUAAGUCCCACAAGUUGCUGUUUCUCAAAUCCGUGUGUGUUGGCAAAGCCAUUGUAGAUCAAUUGGAGGCCUCUGUGGAGGAGGCCAUCAACUCAGCCACUUGGGUUGACCUACAGCCGAUGCUGCCGAGCAGUCUAUCUGAGGAGGAUAUAGGAAUUGUAUUAAACGAGGUGAUGAGGUCGAUGAAUGUGCAGUCCAGCGCAAGGCUUCUGUCCACUGUCAUAGUCAGCGAAAAGUUCAUCAGUGGAUGCCUCGCUUUAUUUGAUGACAUCAUGCAACAGAAAGCGCAGAAGGAAGUGAAGAAUAACCCUGUUUUUCUGAUAACGGAGGAGGAUAUUAAACAGACGUCUGUGUUGUUGGAGACCUCAAAGAAAGACAGAAGAGAUGAGCGACGGAAGAAGGCUGCAGAGGGCAGCGGGAGCGUGAAAGGAGGUGGAGGUGGGAAUGCCCGAGAGAUCCGAAUCCGAAAAACAAAAAAGAAAGGCAGGAAGGAUGAAGACAGCGAUGAUGAGACAACACGUGUCUCUCAGGGUAGAAAUAAGCCAGCAGAGGUGCCCUUCCUGUCAGUGGAGGAGAUCAUGGAGGUGCUGGAGGAGAAGGUGUGUGACAGCACUGAAGAGAUGCUGCAGGAACUUGCGGAGCUGUUAAUAAGACCUUUGUCAAAAACAUACCAGGAAGUGGUCCGAACAGCUUUCAUGUCCUCUAGUUCGACCGUAGCAGGGGGGAGUCGAAAGAAAAACGUGAAGGACCUUCAGGAGGAAAUAACCAACUUGUACAACAACAUCCGCCUCUUUGAGAAAGGAAGCAAACUCUUUUCAGAUGAGACCCAGGCGAACAUUGCCAGGCAUGUUUUGAAGACUGUGUGCACAGAUGUUACCAAUGUUCUGCUGAGCUUUGUGGCGGCUGAGCACAUGUCCACAGACUCCACGGCUGCCAUCACCAGUGAGGUAAGGCUGAAGAUUCUGGCAAAGCUCUCAGAUGAAGUUAAAGCUCCUCUGAUGAAGUUACACAACAGUCUCAAUGGAAAAAGCAUCGAAGACUUUUUGUCAUGUUUGGAGACGAGUGCAGAAGAGUGUGGGCUCCUUCUGAAGAAAGGGGAUAAAAAAAGAGAAAGGCAGGCUCUCUUUGUGCACCGUCAAGCCCUGUUGGAGCAGCUGAGAGAUGCAGAGGACCCUGCACUUGUGUUGCAUCUGACCAGCGUCUUGCUCUUCCAGAACGCCACACAUUACAUGCUACAUGCACCGGGACGCUGUGUGCCACACAUCAUAGGCAGCCUACAAGGCAAGAUUCCAGAGGACCAGCACAGGCUGCUGUCUCAGUACCAGAGUCUGGUGGUGAAGCAGCUGGUCGGACAGGGUCAUGGCCAGGAAAAGAAGAGUGAUCUGGGGGAGGCAGCCAGAGACAGACCUGCCAUUACCGAUGACGUGGAAGGCCUUAAGAAAGAGCUCCACAGUCUCACCAAGGACAUUAAAGACCUUGUUCUUACUCAGAGAAAACCAUCCAUCACAGAGUAACACAGUUAUAUAUAUAUGAAAACAUGAGAAAACCUCAGACGUUAAUUUGUCCUGCCACAUGAUGUAUUAGAGAUCUAUUCGAUUUUAAAUGGGUGAAAUAAAAUGUCUGAAUUGAACGGUUCAACACAUUUCUUAUAUUACAAGCCGCAGUUACAUUUGAAGUGUUUAGAAAACUUUGGAAAAGGCCAGAAAUGUUGUAUUGAUCUGAUAAUCAGAGAGCUUUGCUUAAACUGUCCUAUUGAUGGGCAUAGCAACCAUUCUAUCUACAAUUUGCAAAAUUGUAGCUACGUAAAACAACUUUUAAACCAAGAUCACCUACCAGUAUCUGCCUUUCCGCAAGGCAGUUAGAGUGAACGUCACAUAAUGCUAUUAGUAACAAUGACCUAACUCUGUGCGCUGUGCCGCUAAACUUCCUGAAGAAAGAAGACGUCUUUAACAAAAAAAUUAAAUAAAAUGCAUUUUUGUAUUCAUAGUUGUCCAACAACAAAGUUUUAGGCCUAAGUUAGACACUUUUAUGACAAAAAUGUUAGUGACUGAAGUUUCUGGAAAGUUUCAUUUUGAAGCUUUCAAAUGGUAUAUCAUAUGAGUGUUUCUCAUUUUAGCCAGUGUUAUGCUGAUUAAGAGAGGCAGAUCAGAUUUAUAAUGUGUCUGACUCCCUCCCAUUUUUCAGAUCGUUCCUACACCCCUGCCUAUCAUCCUGUCCUUUCAUGUUUUCAGAUUGAGUGCAUGGUUCAGCUCACACAAGUUCCCUUCUGUGAAUGAAGGGGUCUUCUUCUAGUGGUUGUGCACUCAGAUGUAAUUUUUUUUAAUCUUUAAAAAAUUGAAUUUUAAUGGUGUUGGGGGGCCUGGGUAGGUCAGUGGUAAAAGACGCUGGCUACCACCCCUGGAGUUCACUAGUUCGAAUCCCAGGGUGUGCUGAGUGACUCCAGCCAGGUCUCCUAAGCAACCAAAUUGGCCCAGUUGCUAGGGUGGGUAGAGUCACAUGGGGUAACCUCCUCGUGGUCGCUAUAAUGUGGUUCUUUCUCGGUGGGGCGUGUGGUGAGUUGAGCGUGGAUGCCGCGGUGGAUGGCGUGAAGCCUCCACACGCGCUAUGUCUCCGUGGCAACGCGCUCAACAAGCCACGUGAUAAGAUGCGCGGGUUGACGGUCUCAGACGCGGAGGCAACUGAGAUUCGUCCUCCGCCACCUGGAUUGAGGCGAAUCACUAUGCUACCACGAGGACUUAAAAGUGCACUGGGAAUUGGGCAUUCCAAAUUGGGUGAAAAAAAAAAAAAAACAUUUUAAUGGUGUUGGUGUAAAACAUUUAUCAAUUUACAUGUAUUUUUUGGGCAGGGACCCAGGUUCAAUUCAACUGAUCCAACAGCCCUUCUCUCCCUAAACUUUACAUGUAUUUUGUAUAUUUUGUAUACUUUAUUUACCAUAUGUCAUAUUUUGCCUUUAUGGAAUGAAAUUUGUUUGGACAUAAUGCUAUUCUGUGAACACAGAGAACUAAACAAAUCAAAUCCCAUGUAAUAAAAAAUAUAUAUAUAUAAUCAAGAUUAGAAUAAAAACAACAGAAUCCAAAUGUCACUUAACUGCAUGGACCAUAGAAAAACAAGAAACACAUCAAAUAAAUGCCUAUACACACACAAAAAAAAAAGCCUCAAAGUGAUUUUAUAUGUC